AUGUGUGCCGGGAUACCAACCAAUUCAGAACACUCCCUAUCCCAUAAUAGGAACGGAGCGUCUCCAAGACCUUUAUCUAGGACAAUCACUCUUACACGUCCCAUCAUUAAAAAGUUUCCUGUUACAUCCCGGGGACAUGCAAGAUAUGUACAUCCAUCCAAAAGAACCGUCAAUUGCAACAAUUUCAGCAGCUCCUUGACUGUAGUUACAGUCAAGGCACCACUUGUAAAAUCAUCAAUGCAUGUGGAUUGGGACAGCACUGUUGCAGUACUUAUACUUCGUAAAGGACUGGUUGAAGCAUUUAACCUACAGGUGAUACGAACUGAAGCAAAUGUGGAAUAG